AUGUCUAAACGGGAAAUAGCUAACGAACUUCACAAACCAGCAAGGAAAAAUUUCCCUAGGCGUAGAGUUAACGUCUAUGGAAAAAAUGAUUUAUGGCAAGCCGACUUGGUUGAAAUGAUACCAUAUUCAAAAGUAAAUGGUGGUUACAAAUACAUCUUGGUUGUAAUUGACUGUUUUACGAAAGUUUCUUGGGCGAAACCGUUAAAGUCUAAAUCAGGUAAAGAAGUCACUAGCGCGAUGUCAAAAAUAUUACUCGAUCGUUCACCAAAACUUUUACAAGUCGAUAACGGAAAAGAAUUUUACAACACCACUUUCGACGCUUUGAUGAGCAAUUCUCAGGCGAGUGAUACUAAAAGAAUUAUAUCAGAUGUUCAGUCAAGUAACAAAUCGAUUCUAAAUGACGUAAAACUUCAACAGAAAGAAAUUGAAACUUUAAAAAGUAAUAUUGAUAAUCUUCAUGUAAAAAUACAAUUGCUUGAAAAUAAUAUUCAAUCCAGUAAUAAGUCUUUAUUAAAUUAUGAAAAUCGUAUGUCAGAGCUAUUUAAUGACUGUGCUGAAACUAGUACAGCAAUCGCUAUCCAGGGACUCGACGUGGCCCAAUUAAAAGCUGAAAUAAAUCGAAUAACCGGAUUAUUUGAUGAAAAUUCAUUACCGAAUCAUGGAACAUAUAUUUCAGAUUUAAAUUCACGUUUGGUAAUCAUAGAAGGGCGAAAUAUUAAGAAAACUUGA